UUGCAACACUAUCAAGGAGUUACCACCCUGUUCAAAAUAACAUGACUAGCCGCAUACGGCGCGCGAUUUGUGAGCAAUUGCCACAACUAGAAAACAUCUAUCAUGCGUUGGAGGUGCCCGCUAAGAAGCAGCUCUCUGCUGCAUCACGUCCAUUGUUGCAAUGGACAUUGCCGGCAACGGUUGCACAACACGAAAACGAAUUGUUGGAAUCGGUGAAAAGUCAGCAAUUUGAUGCCACUUAUAUUGAGCAAGUGCGUGUGGUGCCCAGUGCAGGACGUAGUGCAGCUAAAGUCGAGUUUCAGCUACAGCCAGACGCAUUUGCAACGCUUCUCUUGCAGGCAGGGGAGGCAACCACAGUUUCGCCAUCUUACGCCGACAAGCAUGUUGUUAUUGAGUUUAGCUCACCAAACAUUGCAAAACCCUUCCAUGUGGGACACCUGCGUUCUACCAUCAUUGGCAAUGUAUUGGCCAAUCUUUACCAGCAUUUGGGUUAUCGCACUACGCGUCUCAACUAUCUAGGUGAUUGGGGCACGCAAUUUGGCUUAUUGGCUUUGGGUGUCCAACUGAAGCAAGUUUCUGAUGCUGAAAUGCGAGCUGCUCCAAUUGAAACCCUUUAUAACGCAUACGUUGAGGCCAAUAAGGCCGCCACGGAGAAUCCAGCUCUGGCUCAACGAGCACGAGAAUUGUUUAGUGCGCUGGAGGCGGGCACCGAUGAUGCCAUGACCGCCCAGUGGCAGCAGUAUCGUCAUUAUACCAUAGAUGAGCUCACUGCUGUUUACGAACGACUUGGCGUCCAAUUUGAUAGCUACGAAUGGGAGUCCCAGUACUCGCAGAGUGAAAUCACUGAAGUGCUGACCAAACUACGGUCAGCUGGGAUGCUGCAAGGGGAACACGAUGGACGUGAAGUUGUUGUUGUGGGUCAACGCCGAGUUCCUGUUAUCAAAAGCGAUGGCUCCACUUUAUAUUUGGCUCGAGACAUUGCGGCGCUGUUAAAACGCCAGAGACAGCUUCAGUUCUCACGAAUGCUGUAUGUUGUGGAUAAUGGUCAGGCAGAUCAUUUUAAUGCUCUCUUCCAAACAGUUACGGCCUUAGACAACAGCUUGAAUAAUAAACUACAACAUGUGAAAUUUGGACGGAUUCAUGGUAUGAGCACGCGCCAGGGCAAGGCGAUCUUCCUGCGCGAUGUGCUCGACGAAGCUCGUGAGGUGAUGCGUGAAAAGCGAAGUAACAGUGCCACCACUAAAGAGAAUAGAAGUAUGAAUGAUGAACUCGUUUGCGAUGUUCUGGGCGUGUCUGCUGUGUUGGUAAACGUAUUAAAGCAACGAAGACAGCGAGAUCACGAGUUCAGCUGGGAUCAAGCACUACAAGUGAACGGGGAUACGGGCAUCAAACUGCAGUAUACACAUUGUCGUUUACACAGCUUGCUGGAUAAUUUUAAACACAUCCAGCUGGCAGAGAUUAAGCCUAGCUGGCAGCAUUUAACCCAAGAGCCGUCAGAUGCACUGGAUGUGCUUUACGAGCUGGCACGCUUCGAGCAAUUCGUGUGGCAAUCCAAGGAGCAACUGGAGGCUUGUGUGCUGGUCAACUAUCUGUUUGGCUUGUGCAAUGCAACUAGCCGAGCAUUAAAGCGGUUGCCUGUGAAGCAGGAGCGAUGCCUAGAGAAACAAUCGCAACGUUUGCUGCUCUUCCAUGCGGCUAAGCGCACGUUGCACCGUGGCAUGCAGCUGCUGGGUCUUAAGCCGCUAAACCAAAUGUAGUUAACGCUCUUUACUUAAUAUAUCAUAGUUUUUUUUAUUGAACAUUUGAACAGUAGAAAUGCAAGGCCGCUUUGUUCUUUGCCGCUUAGCGCUUCUUCCACGUGUACUUGCGACGUGCGCCUUCCUGUCCGAACUUCUUGCGUUCUCGUCUGCGAUAGUCACGUGUCAGCAAGCCGGCUGUAAAAAAUAUAUCGAUGUGAAAGUAAUUAGUGGCAAUGAUGAGUUUCGGUUUGUAAUCGAGAAACAACUAGAUAAGACUUACCCAAGCGCAUGGACUCAAUCAUCUCUUGAUCAACGAAGCUGCGCAAACUCAUUGCAAUUCCCCAACGAAUGGCACCCGCUUGACCGGAUGGACCACCGCCCUCCACAUUGGCCUCCACGUCAACUUUGCCCAACAUAUCGCUGAA